UUUCGCUAUCUGUCAAAGUUGCAUUGGAAUCUCGUGAUUUGUUCAGCAAAACUAACCGCUGUUUCAAGGCAUCAAUCGCUUCCAGCUUUCUCCAGUUUCAUUCCCUAUAGAAGCUGUAGAACGUUUUUCAUUUCGUCAAAAAUGACUACCGAUGUCCAGAAUCCUAAACGCGCCAAAGAGGAUAGCCAGUUCACGAUUGGUACACAUGAUGGUAUUUUUCACUGCGAUGAAAUUUUAGCGUGUUUUAUGCUACAGCAGCUUCCAAAAUAUGCAAACGCAAGCAUCAUUAGGACUAGAAAUUCAGCUCUUAUCGAGCAGUGUGAUAUUGUGAUUGAUGUCGGCGGUGAGUUCGAUCGGAAAAAGAAUCGAUUUGAUCAUCACCAAGGUUGUUUCAACGAUACCAUUAAUUCGCUGCGACCGGAGAUCCAGUGUACGCGGGAAAUCAGAUUGAGUUCAGCCGGUUUAAUUUACACAUAUUUUGGAGAGGAUGUGAUUCGCGAAAUUCUUACCAAGAAUUCCAUCGAUCAGUUCAGCGAGGAAAUGAUUCGUGAAGUUUACCGGAAGGUGUAUGAUAAUUUCAUCUCUGAGCUCGAUGGUAUCGACAAUGGGGUACCGAUGUUCGAAGGAGAGCCAAAGUACAACAUUAACACUCAUUUGAGCGCUCGUGUGGCCAACUUUAACCCGGCUUGGAAUGAGGAAAUUAGCGAUGAGGAAGUCACUAAACGUUUUGGGAAGGCGAAAGAGUACGCAGGCCGCGAGUUCGUCGAGAAAGUGUUGUACUACGCAACACAAUGGUGGCCCGCCCGGGAACUAGUUGAAAACGCGGUGAAGAAGCGAUUGGAAGUUCAUCCGUCAGGUGCAAUUCUUGAGCUCGAAAACUUCUGUCCCUGGAAGAGCCAUUUGUAUGAGCUUGAGUCCAAAUACGGCAUAGAAGGAAUUCCAAAGUAUGUGGUUUAUAACAGUAAACCGAAUGAUUGGCGCGUCAUAUGCGUUCCCCUUCAACCGGCUAGUUUUGUGUGCAGAAAAUUCCUCGCAGUCCCAUGGCGCGGAGUUCGGGACGAUAAAUUAGAAGAAAUAUCCGGCAUCAGUGGGGCUGUGUUUUGUCAUCAAAAUGGAUUUAUUGGCGGAAGCAAAACUCGAGAAGGCGCUUUCCGAAUGGCAAUUCGUAGUUUAGAAUUUGGAGAAUAAUAACAAUGAAUUAUGAUAAUGUUUGUCCAGUUUAUCUCAUAGAUAAUAUUGAUACAGUAGAACCCCGAUUAUACGCGAGCGGAUGAUUUGCGAUAGCGAGUUCCAUAGUAAAUCUAUAGCCCUUCCCGGAAUUUGUGAGUGGCAGGUAGACACUUGCACUUUUGUUUUGGUCAUGACUCACAUUAUCUGACUACUGAUGUACACGACCUUACAGAUGGAUAGUUUAAUGAUAGUUUAAUAGUAAUUGAUGAAACGUAGCUUUCAUGUCGAAAUAUCUUUUUUUCGUCUGCACCUCAUUUUUAGUCCAUUAUCGCGUUAUCCACGAUUCUCGUUAUUUGCGGUGAUCUUGCCAGACUUCCGCGGAUAAUCGGGGUUCUACUGUAUUUCACAGAAUAAAAAAACGAAUAAACGUUCCAAUCCGUAUCGAUGGAGAA